AGGAGGGUGGGUUGAUGUUCUCUUCUGCUGUCGUGUCUGUGUGUCGUGGCUGGAAUGUGUGGGGAUGCGUCUGGGUCUGAUGACAUGUGUCUGUGUGUGCCUGAUUGACGUGUGUCCUGGGGUCUAAGAGUUGGUAGGCAAGUAGGCGUGUUUCCGUUGUGUUGGUCUGUGUGAGUCCGUGGGUGUCUGUUUUGUGUUGAUAUGUGUGUGAGUCCUGAGGUGGGCAUGCCUUAUCUCUUGGGUGUAGAUGUGUUUGAGAAGUGUGUGUUUCUGUCUGUGCUGGUGUUGGCUGCAUUGUGUGUGUCAGUGUGCCUGUGUGUCAGUAUUGUGUGUGUGUGUCCAUGGGCAUAUCAACAGUGGGUCAGUGUGUGAGAUUCCGACUAUUUGUGCAUGGGGGGGGGGCGGGGGAUGGGUUGUGCCAGGCAGCAUGCAUUGUUUGUAUAGCUCUUGUGAUGGUCUGUGUGUUUACAUUUGGUCAGUGUUCCUGUGUGUGUGUGUGUGUCCUGUGUACUGAGUAGCAAUGUCCGACACUGGGACCAUCUCAAUGUUUCUGUGCAAAUGGGAGAUGAGGUGGGAGGUCGGGCUGGCCAGUCCUGCCUGAGUCCGUGUGUGUGUGUGUGUGUGUGUGUUGGGGGAGCCAUCCCAGUGCCUGGCUGCCCUCCGUGUGUGCCCAUCACUGUGUCCCAAAAGUGACCCCCCCCAGCCCAUGUCCUGUUGGGCCCCAGGGAGCACCAUGGCCCGAGCACGCCAGGAGGGCAGCUCCCCGGAGCCCGUAGAGGGCCUGGCCCGCGACGGCCCUCGUCCCUUCCCACUCAGCCGCCUGGUGCCCUCAGCUGUGUCCUGCGGCCUCUGUGAGCCUGGCUUGCCUCCUGCCCCUGCCACCCCUGCCCGGCUGCCAGCUGCCUACCUCUGCGCCCCCACUGCCCUGCCCGCUGUCACUGCCGCCCUAGGGGCCCCCCGCUGGCCUGGGGGUCCCCGCAGCCGCCCCCGAGGCCCGCACCCCAACGAGGCAAGAGGAGCAGCAGCGACACGGCCCCUCGCCUUGGCGGGUCCUGUACAAUCUCAUCCUGGGACUGCUGCCCUUGCCCAGGGGCCGCGGAGCCCCGGAGAUGGAGCCCAAUUAGGUGCCUGCACCUGCCUGGUGGACGUCGGGGACUUGGGGGGCAGGCCCCUCCCACAGCCUGACGCCCUGGCCAGCACAGGGGACAUUUCCUGCACCAUGUAGCAUACUGGACUACGAGCCCUGCCUGUCCCAGGGGCGGGCCCGGGCAGCCACUCCAGACCCAGCCCCGGCCCAGCCUGGGGUGCACUGUCGGCGAUGUGGACUCCUGGGUCCCUGGCCGAGAAGCCAGGGGAGAGAGGGCUGAUGGACUCAGCGUCUGAAGGCGGCGGUGACCGAGGGGGUGGGGACUGAGCCGCCCGCCUCCGCCGCCCACCACCAUCUCAGGAAAGGCUGCUGGUGCUGGCUGCCCGUUCCAGCUGCAGGGGUGACACUGGGGGGUCCCCUCCCAGUGCUCCUUCACUUUGGGCCUGGCCUCAGGCCCCUGGUGCUUCCCCCCCUCCUCUUGGGGAGGGGGCCCGUGAAGAACAAAUGAGCCAAACGUGACCACUAGCCUCCUGGAGCCAGAGAAUGGGGUGCGUCUGACGGCUGCCCCAGCCCAGCGCCCAGCCAUCUUCCCUGAGCCAGCCGGCGGGUGGUGGGCAUGCCUGCCUCACCUUCAUCUGGGGGUGGCCAGGGGGGCCCAGACUGUGAAUCCUGUGCUCUGCCCAUGACCACCCCCACCCCCAUCAAUCCAUUGCAUAGGUUUAGAGAGAGCACGUGUGACCACUGGCAUUCAUUUGGGGGGUGGGAUAUUUUGGCGGAAACCGCCCCAGCCUUAGUCCCCAGGGCGAAGCGCUGGGGGGAAGCGGGGAGUCAGGGAGGGGGAAUCGCAGCAGAGGGAGGAGUCUGGGAGUGGGGAGGGACGGCCCAGCCUGUAAAUUACUGUACAUGCGCUGCUGUAGAUACCGGAAUGAAUUUUCUGUACAUGUUUGGUUAAUUUUUUUUGUACAUGAUUUUUGUAUGUUUCCUUUUCAAUAAAAUCAGAUUGGAACAGUG